GCGGUAAUGUCCCAAAAGACAGCCAAUACAACUCGAGAAGAAAAAAAGGGAUCGCGUUGGACGAUCUCAGAUCAGCUCCUAAACUACAAUUAUCCCUGUGUGCACGUCAUCAGUUCAUGAACGCGUGUGUGCCUUGCAUUUAAAGCAAAAGGUGGGGAUGGAAAACCAUUUUUACAUUGUUAUCGUGUAUGCAUUGAUGUCUUUGCACCUAUUGUUAGUCCAAGGAGCCAGACAGGGUCAAGACAUAAAAUGUGGAGCAUGCAGGGCAUUAGUCGAUGAAAUGGAGUGGGCCAUAUCACAAAUAGACCCCAAGAAAAUGAUCCAGACCGGAUCAUUUAGGAUUAAUCCUGAUGGCACUCAGUCAGUUAGAGAGGUUCCUUUUUCCCGCUCUGAGAGUCAUCUGCUGGAGCUGAUGGAAGAGGUUUGUGAGAAGAUGAAAGAUUACGGUGAACGUGUUGACCCUGUCACCAAUCGGAAGACAUACGUGAGACAUACGUCCCGUGAUGGCACUGCCAUGGACCUUUCUGAUCUGGCCUUCGACUCCAGAGUCAGCUCUAGUUUAAAGUUUGCUUGUGAAACGAUCGUGGAGCAGCAUGAGGAUGAACUUAUUGAAUUCUUCGAUCACGAGACAGACAAUGUUAAAGACAAGCUCUGCAGUAAGAGGACAGAUCUUUGUGACCAUGCUCUGAAGAUACCUCAUGAUGAGUUAUAACAUGAGCCGAGCACAUCAUGACCGCUUUACCUUUGGAAAACCAUGUCUUCAACUGUUCUGCUUCAGUAAACAGACUGGCUCUUCUUCCUUGAGGAUGCUGAACAUACAGAGUGAUGUUAGGCAACACAUUACAUCAUGUACUUGACCCUAUGGGUUACCUGUUGAUAUGUUCAACUCUAUUAAUGGCGUUACCAUCAAAACUCUUCAUUGUCAUUCAAUUUAAUAUUAGAUCUCUUUAUGAAUCUCUCCGAUGGCAGACUUUUAUAUUAAAAUGUCUUUGGAUGCACUUAGUUUUUAGUUUAGAAGAUAACUUUCAGUGUAUUUAUUAUAAGCACAGAUAAGAGCACCUCUGGAGUUCCCGGUUCUAGUGGUGAUAAUAAAAAUAAUGCUAAUCUAAACAAAUGUUUUUGAUUGUGAUUGGAAUUGAAGCGAGUCCAGUAGACGGAUAUGUGGAGGAAGAGUGUUUCAAAGACAU